CUUGUGUAAUGAUCUUGUAAUUUGCAAUUUUUAUUCCUGAUCUUUUAAAAUUCCGUUGCUUCCAUGGUUUCUGUUCUUAUUGAUUUUUUGUUUGUUUAUUUUGUUGAGAGCAGCUUUGAGCACCAAGAAAAAGUCUUCAUACUUGAAUCGAGCAUGGAUUCACCCGGAGAUCCUCUGCACCUGGUUCCAUGGGAGAAGAUGGAGGAACUUUCCAAAAAGUUACUCCCUCAUGCACCUCAUUCUCUUCAUGUUUACGGUGCAAUCAGGAUGGCACUCAGAUGGAGAGGAACUGAAGCUUCGCGACGGAUCACCAUAUACUCUACUAACGAUCGAUUUGAAGAUGGAGGAAUUGUUGCAAUUUACAAAGUUACGAAUUCCAAUGAUAUCAGAAUAACUUUCCACUGCUUCAAAGAGAAUGUGACUUCUCUAAAGAACGCAUUACUUACAACUGGCAGAAUUGAUUGGAACUCACCAGAGACUAGUAUAUUUUUUAUUUCAAUACCCGAAAAACUGAUGUCGCUUACGAAGGACUUGAUAGCUCAUCGCAAUUUUAAAUUUUUGACUUCGAAUCAUUCAAACUUGAUUUAUGAGUGGAAAACCAUCGAUCAACUUGAUUCGUGUAGCAGUUCGUGCCCACAGGACGUCCGACUUGCACCUUUGAGCCUCGAGUCCGUAGAUUUGAUCAUGAAUUGUUGGGGUGUCGGCGGUGAUCUUCCAGGAGCGGAUGAGUACAUUGCAACCCUCAUCACCCACAACCCUAACCUAGGGGUCUACUCGCGCUCCACCGGGGAACUUCGUGCUUUCGUGUUGUUCAGCGAAUUUUCCCUCUUGACCAUUCUUUACACGAUGGAGGAGCAUCGCCGGAAAGGAUACGCACAGCUUUUAUGCAAUGCGAUGUGUGAGAAGUUGCUUCCCCUGGGAUUCAUCGUGGGAGCAACGAUCGUGAGGGCCAAUACAGCAUCAUUGGCAUUAUUCGAGUCACUUGGAUUUCAAUCGAGUCCUAAUAUUUUUGUAAACGUUCUCGCGGCACCACUAUCGAUGGACGAACCUCUUGCAGGGCCAAUAAAACCAAGAAAUCCUCGUCCUUUUAUGUCUAAAAUUUCCAAAAAGUAAAGAAUUUUGUAAAGAUGCUGAGAGUCCCCGAGGACUGCCGUCUGGCAGUGGCCGGUCCAUGGGGGAGGGCCGGAGGGGGGCAUGAUGCACGGAGAAAAAAAUCUCGUGCGUGGGACCCGAAGUUUAGGUCAUAUGGAUCUCUGAAGUUUUC